AUAAAAAACACAAGUCAAGGAGACCUUGUUCCAUUCGGUGGUUGUAUCACCAUCUCCGUCCUGUUUGGUCGUCGAGGACGAUGCAGAGGUUAUGGCGAUUUAUGUGUGUGGUCAUGGCUGUUUGGUUUGUGUCUCUGUCCAGUUCGGUUCUGGUGGUUCGAGCCCAGAACGGAACCCGAGCCACUAGGCCCACUACCGAUCCCACUGAAGCGCGGGUGUUGAACGCGAUAUUCACUGCGUGGAAUGUAAGGGCGACUAGGGAAUGGAACAUCAGCGGCGAAGUCUGCAGCGGCAUAGCUGUCGACGACAGCGUCACCAUCGACGACAGAGCCUACAACCCUCUCAUCAAAUGCGACUGCUCCUUCGUCAAUUCCACCAUCUGCCGCAUCACCGCCCUGAAGGUUUAUGCCAUGGAGCAUGUUUUAGGACCAAUACCUGACCAGCUCUGGACUUUGGUUUACUUAACAAAUCUGAAUCUAGCUCAAAAUUUCUUGACAGGUCCUCUGUCUCCUGCAAUUGGAAAUCUGACUCGUAUGCAGUGGCUGACUUUUGGGAUCAAUGGAUUAACGGGACCGGUUCCUAAAGAAAUCGGACUGCUCACUGAUUUAAGAUCUCUUAGUCUGAGCUCAAAUAAUUUCUCUGGUUCACUGCCAGCUGAGAUCGGGAAUUGUAGGAGGCUUCAGAAAAUUUACAUUGGGAGCUCUGGACUUAGUGGCGAAAUUCCUACAUCAUUUGCAAAUCUUGUGGAGCUGGAAGAAGCUUGGAUCACAGAUAUGGAACUUACAGGUCCGGUACCAGACUUCAUAGGAAAUUGGACCAAGCUUAUUGUGUUGAGAAUUUUUGGCACUGGUCUGAGUGGUCCAAUACCAUCCUCGUUUGCCAACUUAACUUCUUUGACAGAAUUGAGAUUAGGUGAAAUAUCCAAUAGCAGUUCUUCUCUUGAAUUCAUCAGGGACAUGAAAUCUCUAAGUGUAUUAGUAUUAAGGAACAACGAUCUCACCGGAAUGAUUCCUCCCACUGUUGGAGAAUACUUGAAUUUGCAACAACUGGAUUUGAGUUUCAACAACCUAACCGGACCAAUUCCGUCUUCUGUUUUCAACUUAAGUAGUCUUACUCACUUGUUUCUUGGAAAUAACAGACUGACGGGGUCCUUACCCAAUCAAAAGAGUCAGUCUCUGAGCAAUAUAGAUGUGUCAUACAAUGAUUUAUCUGGGAUACUUCCUUCUUGGAUCAGCCUACAAAACUUGCAACUUAACCUCGUCGCCAACAACUUUACAUUGGAUGAGUCUAGCAACAGGUUUCUGCCAGGACUAAACUGCCUCCAGAAGAGCUUCCCUUGCAAUCGAGGCAAAGGAAUCUGUAAGUUCAAUGAAGGACAUUUAUUGAAACGUAUCAUAGGGUUACAUUCUCAUAAUAAGACUAUGGGCAAACACAUGGAAAAUGUUAAUGUGCAUAUCCAAACCAAUAAUGAUUGUUUGAGUUUCUUCAACUUUUACUUUCAUCCAGAUUUUAACUUUUCAAUCAACUGCGGAGGCCCACAGAUCAGGUCUGCAAGUGAGGCUUUGUAUGAGAAAGAGGAUGAGGCACUUGGACCAUCUUCAUUUGUUGUCAGUAAUACGCAGAGAUGGGCAGCCAGCAAUAUAGGACGGUUCACUGGUAGUAACAGUAAUCUAUACGUUGCUUCUUCACAAGCACAAUUCGUCAACACUUUGGACUCAGAGCUUUUUCAGACAGCAAGACUUUCUCCAUCUUCGCUAAGGUAUUAUGGACUUGGGUUGGAAAAUGGAGGCUAUACUAUUACUCUUCAGUUUGCUGAAAUACAAAUGCAAAGUCCUAAUACUUGGAGAGGACUCGGAAGACGACUUUUUGACAUAUAUGUCCAGGGAAGACUUGUUGAAAAAGAUUUUGAUAUCCGUAGAACAGCUAAUGGUUCUAUUAUCCGAGCAGUUCAGAGAUCAUAUAAAUCAAACGUAUCAGAGAAUUACCUUGAAAUCCAUCUUUUCUGGGCCGGAAAAGGGACAUGUUGCAUUCCUCUUCAAGGAACUUAUGGGCCUCUAGUCUCAGCUAUCAGUGCAUCGCCAGAUUUCAUACCUACUGUGAAUAAUAGACCGCUUUCAGAGGACAAGAACAGAACUGGAACUAUUGUUGGUGUUGUUGUUGGAUUAGGAGUUGCCAUCAUCUUGGUGAUUGCACUCAUCUUCAUCAUCCGGAGGAGAAGAAAGCGGUACACAGACGACGAAGAGCUACUUGGUAUGGACAUAAAGCCUUAUACCUUUAGUUAUUCGGAACUCAGAAGUGCCACUCAAGAUUUUGAUCCCUCAAACAAGCUCGGAGAGGGAGGAUUCGGGGCAGUGUAUAAGGGAAAACUCGACGAUGGAAGUGAGAUAGCCGUGAAACAGCUGUCUGUUGCAUCUCGGCAAGGAAAGGGCCAGUUUAUUGCAGAAAUUGCUACAACAUCUGAAGUUCAGCACCGCAAUCUGGUAAAAUUGUAUGGAUGCUGCUUCGAGGGAGAUCAUCGUUUGCUCGUAUAUGAGUACCUACCAAACAAAAGUCUCGAUCAAGCACUAUUUGGAGAGAAGACUUUACAUCUUGAUUGGUCUACCCGUUUCGAGAUAUGCUUGGGAAUAGCCAGAGGUCUUGCAUAUCUUCAUGAGGAGUCAAGGCUUCGUAUAGUACAUAGGGAUGUGAAGGCCAGCAAUAUUUUGCUUGACUCGAAUCUGGUCCCAAAAAUUUCUGAUUUUGGGCUAGCUAAGCUAUACGAUGAUAAGAAAACUCACAUGAGCACCCGAGUUGCAGGGACGAUUGGAUAUCUUGCACCAGAGUAUGCAAUGCGUGGACACCUCACAGAGAAAACCGAUGUGUUUGCUUUUGGUGUUGUGGCUCUAGAAGUUGUUAGUGGAAGGCCUAACUCAGAUCAAGACUUGGUGGAUGACAGAAAAUAUCUUCUGGAGUGGGCAUGGAACCUACACGAGAAAAACCGGGAAGUGGAACUGGUAGAUCCAGACCUGGUAGAGUUCAACGAGGAAGAAGUGAAGCGGGUGAUAGCAGUUGCUCUGUUGUGCACUCAGACAUCCCACACACAGAGACCACAAAUGUCAAGAGUAAUGGCCAUGUUGUCGGGAGAUGUGGAGGUCACUGCUGUUGCAUCAAAGCCUGGAUACUUAACUGAAUGGAGAUUCGAAGAUAUAACAAGCUUUGUGAGCGGAGAAGAAGCAGCAGCCGCCAAAACAACUGGGAGUACCGAAACUUACCCAGAUUCUUCCUUCUCCACGAGCCUGGUUACCCCUGAUUCUGAGAUAUCUCCCUCAACAACUGUCACUAAGCCAAUGCUGGGAAUCAAGAUCAAAGAGGGACGAUAACAAAAAGAAAAGGAAAACACACUUUGUGUAUAAUUAAUUAUUCACUACGUUAUGAAACACUGUGUGAUGAGUGAUAGAUAGGUGAGUGAGACUAAGAUUGGUUUAUGGUUGGAGGAAUACGAAAAAUGGUGUGGUCAUCUUCACUUGUGGACGGUAACAACUAAGGUUAUACUUUUUCGCCUGCUAUA